UUUUCACCAUAAUUCGUAAUGAUUAUUUUAGGUUAAGUGUUUUUUAUUAUUUUUAUUUUCAAAAUGUACAAUGUCAAAGGAACUAGUAAAUUUGUCGCAAAAACGACAAGAAGAGGUAUUCCACAAAAUAUAGAAAAUCUGAGAGAACCGAAUAAAAAAGUGACCGAAAAUGAAGAUAAUGAUUAUAAAAAUGGUCCAAAGCCAGUUUUUCAUAAAAAGUCAUCACCUUCUAGUCCAAAACAUAAUCAAAUUACGCCGCAGCAUGAAGAAAUUAUAAAUUUCAUCCACGAAUCAUGGAAUUCAGUUUGUGCCGAAUUUGAAGAAAGUGCAGAACGAAACGAAGGUGAACCAUCAGUUUGUUAUUAUGAAGAUGGACCAUGUAUAUCACUUCAAGAUUUUAGACCCUUUGACUUAGAAUCGUGGUGGGGUAAACGACUGUUUGCUUAUGUUACCAAUCCAGAAACGCAAAAAAAUUAGUCUACCAUUUAUCUCAAUAUUUUUUUAGAUAAAUUUUAUCCUCAAAUACGAUUUUUUUAUUUAUUAGACACUGUUUGUGUAUAUAGAAAAGUUUGUUGUUUGUUUUGUUAAUGCAAUUGUUUUAUUUGCAUGUUAUUUGUUAAAUAAAUUUUUUUAAAACCGUC